UUUCAAAACACAUUUUUCUGUCGAAUCAUUGCAUCGGAAGUAAACUUUAGUGAAUUUAACUAGUUUAAGUGCUGUAGACAGGAUCAGAAAUUAUCGAAUCUAUAACUUGACCAAGUGCUGCAUCAUAAUCAAUUGAAAUUUCAUCAUAAUUACUGUUAAAAGAAGGAAAAAUCUGUGAAAAAUGGAUCGUUUAUUGAGUUUGGGACGCUUACCAGGUUUAUCACAACCACCACCACCGACUGAUGCUCCUGUCGUAGACACAGCAGAACAAGUUUAUAUUUCAUCAUUAGCUUUAUUGAAAAUGUUAAAACACGGACGUGCAGGAGUUCCAAUGGAAGUUAUGGGUCUUAUGUUAGGAGAAUUUGUCGAUGACUAUACAGUACAAGUUAUUGAUGUAUUUGCAAUGCCACAAACCGGAACUGGCGUAUCAGUCGAAGCUGUUGAUCCAGUUUUCCAAGCUAAAAUGUUGGAUAUGCUUAAACAGACUGGAAGACCUGAAAUGGUCGUUGGAUGGUAUCAUUCACAUCCUGGUUUUGGAUGCUGGUUGUCAGGCGUCGAUAUCAAUACUCAACAAUCAUUUGAAGCAUUAAGUGAACGUGCUGUUGCUGUUGUCGUCGAUCCAAUUCAAUCAGUUAAAGGCAAAGUCGUAAUUGAUGCUUUCCGUCUAAUUAAUCCAAACAUGUUAGUGCUCGGACAAGAGCCAAGACAAACGACAUCAAAUUUGGGACAUUUACAGAAGCCAUCUGUACAGGCACUUAUUCAUGGACUUAAUCGUCAUUAUUACUCAAUAAGCAUCAAUUAUAGAAAGAAUGAAUUGGAACAAAAGAUGCUCCUUAAUUUGCACAAGAAAUCUUGGAUGGAUGGACUUACACUCGCUAAUUAUGAAGAUCAUUGUAGCAUUAAUGAAGGCACAGUCAGUGAAAUGCUGGAUCUCGCUAAAAAUUACAAUAAGGCAUUAGAAGAGGAAGAGAAAAUGACACCCGAACAAUUGGCGAUUAAGAAUGUAGGUAAGCAGGAUCCAAAGAGGCACUUAGAGGAGAAAGUUGAUACACUUAUGUCCAACAAUAUUGUUCAGUGUUUAGGCGCUAUGCUUGAUACUGUCGUAUUUAAGUAACUUCUCUAUAUUCUCAUUUUUUGAUGGAUAUCCUCUGUGAACGUUUAAAAUUCAUUCGGUAUAAUAAUAAAUAUACAUUAAUUAAUCCAUUACUGAUUAACAUGUCUCAUGCAAUUUAUGAUUUUGUGAAUAAAAAGAAAAUUCUAAAUUAGA